CCUGACAGUCCUCCUGUGUCAUGCUCUCGACACAGUUUCCUUCCUCGUCCCCUCAAUGUCGGACCCCAGGCACAGUCGCAUCGAUGGCACUUUGAGCUCACUCUUCGGAAGCCUCAUCCCUCCCAUUGCCGCUGACGAAGAUGAUACGGAAAUUGAGGCACGCAUCACCCAGGCAAUCGAAAAUGCAAAGACCAUCGUUCACGCCGCAGGCUCUCGUCUCCCCACAGAGACGAACCAGGCGUCGGAUCUAAUUAAAAGAAAAUUACUGCGGGAAAAUGCCUCACCGGAAAAGGCUGCAAGAUUCAGUAACCUGUACUCGAGGCUACUAGCCAUCCCCGUCCUCAAUCAGAAGUGGGCAAUCCUCUACCUGCUGUAUAAACUUUCCGACGACACACUCACAAUUCCCCCACACCGAGUGCCGCUGGCAGACUCCGAUAAUCUCGCCAAUGUUCCCAGGAGACACCUUCAUUCGACCGAAAAAGCUUCUCCGUUUCACGAAUCUCCAGAACACCAGGACCACGACGAUUUAUCUCGCAGCCGCACAGAUGACGAGUCUGUUGCUCGGGCGAGGGAGCAGGCACAAAAGCCGGAUCAGAAACUAGACGAUCAUGUGGCUUUGCCCCAGCGCGAACGAGAGACCUAUUCAGAACCAGUUGAGCAAAAGCGAUGGACACCCGAACCAUCAGAGGUUGAACUUCUCCGAGAUCUACCCUUCAACUUGCAAGGCGUGUCCUCCACACACUUGAACUUCACUACUUCCGCUUCACUAAGUCUACCUCCUACACUACCAAUUCCUAUACUAUCCUUGUUGCACGGAUUGGCGGAGCCGUGUUUACUCUAUCGGGGCCUAGCAGAGUACACUCAAUCACCAGAUGGUGGUCUCAUGGACCAGAGCCUUCGUUCGGCCAUCAAUAAUGAACUGCGCUCUUAUCUAAGCCUUGUUGCGUCAUUGGAAACCGAGAUCAGACAAGCGCUCGCUACAGCAGGAGCAGGCGCCGAUCCCAAGGCCAUCCGAUUAACUAGCGUCACCCUCAAACGAUGCUUCAUCUGGACCAGAGAUGCCACGAUGGGUCUGCGACUAAUGAUGUUGAUCGUCGAGGAUUCAAGGCAAAAGCGUGGAGGUAAAUUGAUCUCCCUAGUACACGGCCUAUCGUCCUCACAUGGCGAUCCAUUCGUUGCCGCCUUUGCAGAAAGACUUUUGGGGCAUGUUGCUCGACCUUUCUACGAAAUGCUAAAGCAUUGGAUCUACGAUGGCGAGCUGAUAGACCCCUAUCAUGAAUUUUUCAUUGAAGAGCCUGACCCCAGUACUCUUCCAGCCAUCGAUCAUCGACAUGUUGCUACUUCGGUGUGGGAAGAGAAAUACAAGUUGAACUCGUCCAUGGUUCCGUCGAUCAUCUCCUCCGAGUUUGCUAAAAAGGUCUUUCUCAUUGGAAAAUCACUCAACUUCAUUCGACAUAAUUGUGGCGAUUCCGACUGGGUGAUACAAUACUCCAAAUCCAACUCGAGGUCUCUGGAUCAUGCAAAUACUGCCAAUCUCUUCUCUUCAAUCGACAUGGCCUAUCGAACAACUAUGUCACGACUAACUCACCUCAUGUACACAAAGUUCGGUCUUUUCACUCAUCUCACAGCUAUCAAGAAAUAUAUGCUGUUUGCGCAGGGUGACUUUUUUGAGUUGUUGAUCGAAUCUUUGGCACAACACCUUGAUCGGCCCGUCAAUUCCAUGUAUCGUCACAAUCUCACCUCUCAGCUUGAGCACGCCAUCAGGCACUCAAAUGCACAAUACGACGAUGCAGAAGUCCUCCGACGACUCGACGCACGCAUGCUUGAGCUGUCCUCAGGCGAGAUUGGUUGGGAUUGCUUCACUCUGGAAUACAAAAUUUCUGCUCCGUGCGACGUGGUCAUCACCCAAUGGGCUAACACCCAAUACCUCAAGAUAUUCAACCUCUUGUGGAGGAUAAAGCGAGUGGAGUUCUCGUUGAAUUCAACCACAAAGCGUUGUAUGACGGGAGCUCGUGGCGUUCUGGCCGCGGUCAACGACAAACUCGGCCAUGAUUGGAAGCGAGCGAGAUGUGUAGUUGCAGAGAUGGUCCAUUUUGUCAACCAACUCCAGUAUUAUCUCCUAUUCGAGGUGAUCGAGGCGAGCUGGAAGCUGCUCGAGGAUGCCCUCAACAAGCCUGAGGUUACCCUCGACGAUCUCAUUGAAGCGCACACGACAUAUCUUAACAAUAUUACGAAAAAGGGGCUUAUUGGCCAGCAACGACAUCCGGUGACCGGCGCACAGGAAGACAGCCUCGUCGUUCAAGUCCAUCACAUCUUAAAAUGCAUGCUCCACUAUCGGGAGGUAGUUGAUUCGCUGUACUCGUACAGUGUGGCCGAAUACACUCGAAGACAGCAGUUCAGCGCCAGGAUCGAGCAGCGAACAGCUCAAGGAAAAUGGGGCAUCACGGAAAAGGAUCUUGUGGGUGAUUCGGGGUCCAGUACACCGACAUUCAUGCGCCCUUCCAAGCCUGGACCACUGCUCCCCGAAGACAACGACUCGCCUCUGAUGCCACAAUCGGCCCAUCCCUCCUCUGACGAUGAAACACACCUGGGCUCGUUACGGAGUCGACAACUCCACCUAUCGGCGGAAUUCCGCUCCCGCCUCAGCAUGCUUCUUUACGACCUUGCGCACCAACCAGAUGUGGACCUGCGCUUCCUCGGUGUGGUGAUGAACUUCAACGAGUUCUAUACUCCCAUCAACAUUAGAAGGCAGCAAGCACGAAGGGCCCGCGAGAAACGUGAGGCAGAGAGAAAAGCGCGAGAAGCGACCGUGUCGUCCUCAGACCCCAACACAUCGCUUGACAGAACUGCCGCAGAGACCAACUUGAACAGCUCCACAACCACGCGAUGACCAUGUUGGAUGAUGAUAGUAGUAACUGUGGCCACAAACCCGAAGGGCCAGCCUCGUAAAAACGAUAUGACUGUAACGAAUGUCGAAAGCAUGAAACCCGGUACUGAUCUGGACAAGACCAUGAUCAACAACACAUAUAGGCAAUGAGCAUAAUCGAAAUUGCAAAAGCAGUGACAGAUCUCCAAACCCGCCCUUUUCUCCCAAACAAGGCUGAGAAUUCUUAACCUAUCG